UCAUUUCCGGCCAGUGUCGCCAUCUGCUUUCUCGUCCUUCUCCAAUCUCCGUGUUGUUGUUCCCGGUGACGCGGCGGAGGUGUAGCCUGACGCGGGCUCUUACGUGUCGGCCAGAAUAAAAGUGGAGCUCCGGAGGCCCGGGAGUGACGAAGGGAGUCUGUAUCGCUCAGCCGAUGAAGAUGGAGUCAGUGGAGAUUCAGCAGGGAGUGGAGACUGCUGUGAGUGAGACAGAGACCCAGCACAUCACCCAGGCACAGCUCGCUACUUUGGCCCAGCACGGUUACAUCACUUCUGAAUACCAGGUAACCAUGACGGCGGGCCUCACCUCAGCAACAGGUCCCACGGUAACGCUGGUUCAGCUUCCCAACGGACAAACGGUUCAGGUCCACGGUGUGAUCCAGGCUGCGCAGCCGUCUGUCAUCCAGUCCCCACAGGUCCAGACUGUGCAGAUCUCCACCAUAGCAGAAAGUGAGGAUUCACAGGAGUCAGUAGAUAGUGUCACCGACUCUCAGAAACGCAGAGAGAUUCUUUCACGACGCCCCUCAUACAGAAAAAUCCUGAACGACCUUUCGUCCGAUGCACCGGCUGUCCCUCGUAUCGAGGAGGAAAAGGCUGAGGAUGAUUGUUCUGCUGCUGUUACACCUUCCAUCACCACUGUCACUGUGCCCACACCCAUCUACCAGACCAGCAGCGGCCAAUACAUUGCAAUCACACAGGGUGGAGCCAUUCAGCUGGCUAAUAACGGUACGGAUGGAGUCCAGGGCAUCCAGACUCUGACCAUGACCAAUGCAGCAGCCGCCCAGUCUGGAGCCACCAUCCUCCAGUAUGCACAGACCAGCGACGGCCAGCAGAUACUAGUUCCCAGCAACCAGGUGGUGGUCCAAGCUGCCUCCGGUGACGUCCAGGCCUAUCAGAUCCGAACAGCCCCCGCCAGCACCAUCGCCCCAGGUGUGGUCAUGGCUUCAUCCCCGGCCCUCCCCAUCCAGGGCGUUACCGUGGAGGUCACCCGCAAACGGGAAGUCCGUCUCAUGAAGAACAGAGAGGCAGCCCGUGAAUGUCGCAGGAAGAAGAAGGAGUAUGUUAAGUGUCUGGAGAACCGAGUGGCCGUCCUGGAGAACCAAAACAAGACACUAAUUGAAGAACUGAAAGCCCUUAAAGACCUUUACUGCCAUAAAACUGAGUAGUUCCAGUCAAGUAGCAUUUCACUUCUCUUCUUAUACUUUGACUGUUGGAUACUGCCUGCCUGGCCUUCCAGUUUGUACACAGCUGGCUAAUCCAGUUCUACUUAUACUACCUUCACUUCAGUAGGCUGUCAAUACUAAUGGAUUUAAAAUACACGCAAUCUUUCCAGUAUCUAGUAAACUUAAACAGCAGCUACAAUCAUGUGCUACAUCACUAAUCAGCUGAUGACCACGGUUAACAUUACGGCUGCACAAUAUACCGUGAACGCAAUGUCAACUUGCGCGAAAGACUGCGAUAUUGCACUUUGAUUAUAGUAACAACAUUUUAAAUUACACUUUCUUUCCGCUAUUUUGUCUGAUCUGCGCCAUGCUGUUAACUCUCUGGCCAGACCGAGCCCUCGCCGUUAGGCAGGGUCCAACGGUGAGGAUUGUCCUCUGUUUAUUCAUCGCAAGGAAUAUCGUUAUCACAUAUUUUCCUCACAUCGUGCAGGCCUAGUUAACAUUUUACAUCACAUAUCUUAUCGUAUAGGUAUAACACUGUGCUCAUCAUGGUCGUUGUAGAGAUACUUGACUGGAAAAUGUUUUGAGUCCAAUGAGGCUGAGGAGAUAAAGCAUCUCCUUUUCCAACAUCUACACGGCCUCUUUUUUGUUGUGCUAGCCAGAUCACGUCAAACAACACGGUCGGCCCGCCUGCUGAUUAUAAUGGUUCAUAAUGGUUUUUUUAUUGGGCUACAAAUUUGUGUCACCUCUGCUUCAAGCUCAAGUGUUUAAGGUUCAUAUUUCAUUGGCCUUGUUGGACUUUAAGCAUUUGUGUUUACUUUGUAAGCAAUAAAGCAAGCUGUCCUUUAAAACAUCACCAUUGUUGCUAUGGUUACCUGCUGUUGAGUUUACCUUGGGCUCCAUUUUAGAACAGCAGCAGUUAAAGUGUGCGGUCGGUGAAAUAUGUUGAAAGCGAUCCCUGCCAAAUAUUCAUACAUUUAUAUUUUCAUUGUGUAACUUUACCGUCACGGUGGUGAGUUCAGUGUCAAACAGUCUACUGGCCAAAACUAUGACAACGAGAUCCAGCUUGUAAAAAAAACACUAUUACUAUACUACAAUACGAUUGGAUUGAACGGAUUUUUAGAACAUACUUUACUUUUAAUUUGUGUAAAAGUAAGAGGCGGACAUUUGUGUAUCAGGCGAGCUUCAGUCAUUGCAGUCAAAGGCUUAGAAUGAAUUCUGAAUCUCUACUUCCACAUCCACAAGGCCACUUGUAUAGCGGACACUACAACUAAUUGGCACAAAUAAGUCAUUUUUUGUAAGUGUUUUUUAAGAUGCUAACAACUGCCGAUCUUUUUGGAGGUGGAGCUGUGCGAGUCAGCAGACUGUGGUUAAAAAGGGUCGAAUGGUAGAGUGACGUCCCAGUUAUCAAUUCGCUCAUGUUGUUUCUCUGCUGCUCCGCAACAGACCGUUGUCGAAGAUGCUAUUAAAAUGAGAUCAUUAGCAAUCUGAGGUUACGUUUUAAAGACAGAUUAUUGUUUUUACAACCUGGGGGGUCACAUGUUUAUAGUUUUGGCCAACAUUUCUAUUAGUUAAGGUAACAUUUUACUCACAAGUUUAAGCCCAGCAGCAACAUUUUAUCUAAAUCAAAGUGAAAACAUGUCUGAAUGUUAAAGUUAUUACGCAACCGCGGUUCUGCACACAAGUAGUUUUUCAAGGCAAAGCACAACUUUAAUGGACAUUGAGGUGUUCAUGGUUUAAAUAACUGAAGGUCGGUGUAUACCUCUGAGCUCCUGUGGCUCCUUGUGUGCCCAGAUAUAACUGGGUGAGUAAAAUGUUGUCUCGUAACAGAUGAGAGCGAUGUCUAAAAAGAUAAAAAACAAUAUCCAGGUUGUACAAAAACGCACAUUUAUUGACAGACCUAAAUGUUUUUCAAACCCAAAUAAGGAUCAUCUCAUUGUGCCACAGUAAACUGUCAGUUUGCUGUCUGACCACCAUGAUCAAAAAUAUUUUUCUGUGUCAUUUCAUUUUUCAGUGUUUUACAAAAUUGUGUCUGUUUUUGCAACAUCUGUGUUAAAUGAUGGUAAAAUAUGGAUUGCGACAAAUGUUUGAUCGCGGAGCAUCUGUACCAGAUUCUUUGUGAGAUCUACAUGAGAUAAUGGCUCCAAUUACAUGAGUUCAACACUAAUAAUCCAUGAAAAUGUGCAUUCUGUUGAAAAGAAAUCACUUGUGGGAUUGUGCGUGGUUUUUGAGAAGAUACAUGUACGUAUUUGUCUGUUUAUUUUUUUAUAUACCUGUACAUAGACUCUACAGCAUGUGUAGACCUGUAUUUCUGUUCAUUUGAUAUGAAAAAUGUUCUUAUGGCUUGUAUGAAACCAAGUUUGCAUAUUUGUAAAAUGCAUCAAUGUAUAAUAGAAGACAAUGUAUGUGUGUAUUCAUGUAAUCCACCAGGCCUACCACAGCAAUGGCAGCUAAGUGUAUGAGAACAGGCCUUUGUUGGAGAUGUUAUAUUAUGGAGAGCUGUACGCUGUUUAGGAUCAACAGUGUUUAGCCGCAGAGUGAGUCAGGGUCCACAACAUAUAUCAGUUUCAUAAUAAUGGUUUUGUUUAUUCUAAACUGCACAGCGGAGGCUUCAGACUCAUCCACACAUGGUUAUGUUCUUAACUGUACAUGUAUUUUUAUCUCAGCAGUAACUGAUUUUUAUAUCUUCCAAUUCAUCAAAUGAAAGCACAAUUGUCCUUCCAGUGGAGCCCUUUUUAUGUUCAUUUUAUUGUACUUUGACUGCAUUUAUUUUACUACAAAGUUACAUUAGAUUUUAAUUUCAGAUACAAGAUGUCAGUUAAUACUCAACCCAAGUAUUUACUCGUGAAAAUCUGCUCUAAACUAAAAUAUUUGACAUUUUUGUUUUAAAAGUUACUCCAAAGAACUCCAAAUCCUUCCUGUUAAUGUUUGAAACAUACUCAUAAAGUUGGAGUUACAUCCUGGUUGCUUCUAUUUCUGAGUAUUAAGGUACAUGUUUGACCUUGGAAACAAUAGCUUGGCAAAAUCAACUUAACUCAAGGUCCACAUAAUAGCUUUUUCCAAAACGUUCUCACUGCCUUCAUCAGCAGAUAGAGUUUGCUCAGUUACAUCAUUACGUGACCAAGUAGGGAACUUCAGUAACGUGAUGACAGCUGGUUGUAUGUGGGUGUGAGAUAAUAAAACCCAGUCUCUGUUCAAAGGUCUUUGGGUUUUUUGGUUGAAAGCGAUUUACUGGACCUUGAGUUAAUAUUAUUUUUACAACACAGUUUCAAAAACUCAAUCAUGAGCCAAAAAUUAUGUGUUAUAUUUCUUUUAUAUUACUUUUUAAAAGAUCAUCAGUUCAUGGUAGCUCUAUCAGUUUUAUUUUUCUAGUUUUAGUUAGUUUUGAUAUUGUACAGUAUGUAUUUGUAAUAUAAAGAGGAUUAAAGGGUUGAAUCAGCUAAAGAAAUCCCAGCAGUACCUCACAAUUGGAGAAAUUUGGAAGGCUUUGAAUGAAUCAUCUCAUAUAGACCCACAGAGGAAAGGAAAUAAUAUAAUAAUAAAAUCACUUUUAAGGAAGUAUCAGUGCCAGGGGUUUAAAUAUGUGUGUUGGACUGGGUAGCACUCAAAACUUUUACAUAACGGUGCCAUUAUGAAACCUGAGUUACUGAUAUGAAAACUAUUCUGGAAAAAAAAAAAAGUUCAAACUCUUAACUCACACAUCCAGUGUAAAAGCCUUUUUUCUAUUAUUGUUGAUUUGAUAUAGUGAGCUCAACUUUGUUGUGUAAUUACAGAAAAUCUUUCCAACAAAACCGGAUAUGUUUUUACUCCUGUGCCAGAAUGGUUUAUAUCCACGGGCCUCACUUGUGCAUGAAACACAUUGAUAUACACGUGUGUAAAAGUAUAUAUAGAGAAUUUCUAGAACAGUAAUAAUAACAUUUUUUCUAACUUUUAAUGUGAUCAGUUUAUAUAUUGCCACUUUUACAAGUUAUCAAUUUAAAAUGCCAUGUAUUGUAUAGUAUCUUGUAGAGACAAGGUCACCAAAUGAUGUGUUCCAUACUGUUUGUUUCAACAUUGUUACAUUAUAAAACUAUACCAGCCCAUUAUUGGAAAGUGCUGUAACUCUGACAUUACAUCACUCUUUUCUAAACACUUGCUAUGUCGCAAUAAACUGCUCUUGACGAUU